CCUGAUUUCCUCCGCGCGGUGGCGGUGGCGGCGGCAGCGGUAGCAGCGGCGCCUCGUGCGCGCGGUUAUUUAUUUAUUUCCGGGCCCCAGAGCGCUUAUAAUGGAGCCGCUGUCAGCAGUGCCUUCUGCUGCCGCCGCCGCCGUCGCCGCCGCCGGCCCUCCUCUUUUUUUUCCCGGCAGAUCUUUGUUGUGUGGGAGGGCAGCAGGGAUGGACUUAAGCUUGCGGAUCGCUUGCUAGAGCAGCCGCGCUUCGAGAGGGCGCCGCCGCCGCCAGGAGGAGCCGCUGCCGCCACCGCCGCCGCCGCCCCGAGGCCCCGCCGGCCGCGGCCUCCGUCCGCUCGCGCCCCCGGCUCGCCGCGGUCGCCCCUCGCCUCCCUGCAGAGUCCCCUCGCGGCGGCAGAUGUGUGUGGGGUCAGCCCACGGCGGGGACUAUGGUGAAAUUCCCGGCGCUCACGCACUACUGGCCCCUGAUCCGGUUCCUGGUGCCCCUGGGCAUCACCAACAUAGCCAUCGACUUCGGGGAGCAGGCCUUGAACCGAGGCAUUGCGGCUGUAAAGGAAGAUGCGGUGGAAAUGCUGGCCAGCUAUGGGCUGGCCUAUUCCCUAAUGAAGUUCUUCACGGGCCCCAUGAGUGACUUCAAAAACGUGGGCCUGGUGUUCGUGAACAGCAAGCGGGACCGGACCAAAGCCGUGCUGUGCAUGGUGGUGGCCGGAGCCGUCGCCGCUGUGUUUCACACUCUCAUAGCCUAUAGUGAUUUAGGCUACUACAUUAUCAAUAAACUGCACCACGUGGAUGAGUCAGUGGGAAACAAAACGAGAAGGGCCUUCCUGUAUCUUGCUGCCUUCCCAUUUAUGGACGCGAUGGCGUGGACCCAUGCUGGCAUUCUCUUAAAACACAAAUACAGUUUCCUGGUGGGAUGUGCCUCAAUCUCAGAUGUCAUAGCUCAGGUCGUUUUUGUAGCCAUUUUGCUUCACAGUCACCUGGAAUGCAGAGAGCCUCUCCUCAUUCCGAUCCUUUCCUUGUACAUGGGCGCACUCGUCCGCUGCACCACCCUGUGCCUGGGUUACUACCGGAACAUUCACGGCAUCAUACCUGACAGAAGUGGACCGGAGCUGGGGGGGGACGCAACAAUCAGAAAGAUGCUGAGCUUCUGGUGGCCCCUGGCCCUGAUCUUGGCCACGCAGAGAAUCAGUAGGCCUAUCGUCAACCUCUUUGUUUCCCGUGACCUUGGCGGCAGCUCUGCAGCCACGGAGGCGGUGGCAAUUUUGACAGCCACGUACCCUGUGGGUCACAUGCCCUAUGGCUGGUUGACGGAGAUCCGCGCUGUCUAUCCUGCUUUUGACAAGAAUAAUCCCAGCAAUAAACUGGCAGGCACAAGCAACACAGUCACAGCCGCGCACAUCAAGAAGUUCACCUUCGUCUGCAUGGCCUUAUCACUGACGCUCUGUUUUGUGAUGUUUUGGACCCCCAACGUUUCUGAGAAGAUCCUGAUAGACAUCAUUGGAGUGGACUUCGCCUUCGCAGAGCUGUGUGUUGUUCCACUGCGUAUCUUCUCUUUCUUUCCAGUUCCAGUCACCGUGAGGGCCCAUCUCACCGGGUGGCUGAUGACCCUGAAGAAGACCUUCGUGCUGGCCCCCAGCUCCGUGCUGCGGAUCAUCGUCCUCAUCGCCAGCCUCGUGGUCCUGCCCUACCUGGGGGUGCAUGGAGCCACCCUGGGAGUGGGCUCCCUCCUCGCGGGCUUUGUGGGAGAAUCCACCAUGGUCGCCAUAGCAGCUUGCUAUGUGUAUCGGAAACAGAAAAAGAAGAUGGAGAACGAGUCUGCCACGGAAGGGGAAGACUCCGCCAUGACCGACAUACCCCCCGCAGAGGAAGUGACGGACACCGUGGAGAUGAGGGAGGAGAACGAGUAGGGGCCCAGGAUGUCAUGCUCACCGUGGGGACAGUCGGGGCGACCCCUUGGCAUGAGUUUUUCUCCCCUCGUUUUCCGUUCCUUCUUUCAGUUUGGUUUGGUUUGGGGCACUAGAGAGGCCUUGAUUGAGAGGUUUUGUGUGACGUCUCCAGCACGCUGGGUAAGCUCACAGCCAUGCAGGGGCCCAAGGAAAAGUCUUUGUUGUUGGUUUGUAAAAACAAAAAAAAGUUGAAUUCGUUCCCCUGCUUCAUGAAAACCGAGGCGUGGCUGCCUCCCAGUAGAAGCUGUGCCCUCCUCCACUGCCCUGUCACCUGGAACCAAAGGACUGCGUGGGCCCUGGCCACGGGCACCCCCACCCCGGCCCUUUCCGUUUCUCUUAGGAAGUCAGUGGGUGACUACUCGGCUUUCUCUGAUUUGCGUGACAGUAAGUGGCUGUGCAGACAGGACGGGGCAGGGUGGGGCCUGUCACAUUUCCCUUCAGCCAUGGAGUUAGCAACUGCUGCCCACCCAAAGGCAGCGCGCCGAGCUGCGGGCUGCACCCUGGAGGAAGAGGUGCACACGGAGGAUGCCACGGGAGCAGCGAACUGGCACGAUCGAAUGGUAGCAUGCCAUUUUGCAUUUGUCUAGAGUCAAGGUGAGCUGUCAGUUUGCACACCCCACUGCGUAUACACAAAAGCUAACAUUUUAAAGGGGUCACGAAACCACAUCUCCAAAUUUCAGCCUCCCCUUGCCCGACCUUUCCUGAAGGCUUGGUUUUCACAUACCUUUCCUGCAGGUGGCACUCGAGCGAGUUGGAUGGAGCAUGCUAAUGUUACAUUUUAGUUCUGAAGUGAACUGAGGCUUUGAGUCGUAAUCUAGCCAUCUAGCGCCAGGGUGCCACACUGCAGCAUUCGAAGUAGAUUCAUUAGCUGGUUCCGCCGUCCUUCCUCUUAACUGUGCGGUACAAGGAAUUCAGGGUGUCCCACGGUACUUCCCUCUCACACCACGCAAUAAAGCAAGACAUUCGAUAGACAGUAUCAAAGUCACUAUGUGAUAUUCCCUGAAUUGAAACAUCUGAAAUCCAUUUAGUGCAGUAUAUUUUUCUAAGUUUUGGGAAGCAGGUUUUUUCUUUAAAGAUUAGGAACACAAAUUCUUGAUUUAGCCAAAACUCUUAGACUGAAAGAACCUAAACAAACAAACAAAAAAUAUUUUAAAGAUAUAAAUAUAUACUGUAUAUGUUAUGUAAUUUAUUUUAGGCUAUAAUACAUUUCCUAUUUUCGCAUUUUCAAUAAAAUGUCUCUAAUACAA